AUGCGAGUUCUACCGCAAGGGCUUGGGAAAGCCAAGCCGUCCUUCCUCCUAUUACUGCUUCUGAUUAUCGCCAUCGCCGCUCAAGUAUCUGCUGUGCCAGCGGACGAUGCAACAACGGAUACCACUCAAAGCAUUUCUAGCGUGACUGAGACCACCACAUCUUCAACCACUUCCAGAUCGACGUCAAGUUCUACUACCAGCACCUCCACCUCCUCUUCUUCUACGAGCACAACCAUGGAUACAACUACCGCUUCCUCUUCCUCCUCCACGACGUCCGGCGGCAGUACAACAACAUCAUCCGUCUCCACGACAACGAACUCAUCAACAUCCUCCUCAACCACAACCGGCAGCGCUAUUGUCACGAUACCACCAACAGCCAACGCCCCAUAUAUGCAAGAGAGCAAUGCCCCAGAAGGCACAGUGUUCAUCGCCGUCGGCGCCGCACUAGGACUGAUCGGCCUAACUCUGCUCGCAUGGCGCGCAAUGGUCGCAUGGUCCGUAAACCGCUCAGUGCGACGCGCCGCCGUAAUCCACGCCUCAGAAUCCAAGCGUCUCCUACGCGGCAGCAGAAAGAAGCGAUCAGCCCCCUACCCCGCCGCCCCAGCGGUCGACGUAUCCCUCGACAAACUCGGCGCCGCCACUCGCGCAAGCUACAAGCCCAAACGGGCCCCGAGCGCGAGCAGCGGUCUUUUCUUUUCGCCUACCGCAGGCGGCCCUACUGCAUCGCAUCACAAUCCGAACGCUACAGGAAGCACGGGAAAUCGUGGCUCGACGUACCUGCCUGCUGGAUACUACGCUGCUGCCGGUGGCUCCAACCCCGCGCCAGGUGGAGAGCCCCCAUACUCGCCCACUGCUGGUCUCUCGUCGCCUUCCCUGCCUCCGGCUGGUGUCUACCAUGAUUCGCAUAAUCAGCGCCACUCUUAUGUGGGUGCCUCGACGAGUUCUCUGAACCUGAACCAGGCGCCGCAGGGUCGUGCUCCUAGCGCGUAUCUUGAGGAUUUGUUUGAAAGCCAUGCUCCUCACGGCUCUGAUUCCGGCCAUCGGUAA